ACGGCCAGGAAAGACUGAUGUUUCCUGCUUCUCUCACUUGCCUGUGGGCAGCACGAAAUUACACUUCCAGUCUGUGGGUUUUGGGGGGCUUUUGUCCUAACUACGGCGGGAUAAAUGUUAGGUUUACUGACAGUUUAAAUGCUGUAGAACGAAGCAUCCCCACUGGAACCACGAAAAUAGAUGAAUACCGCAUCAAAAUAUUGUAAGGAGUGACCCAGAAUGGGGAUGGGCCAGUUGUGUACUUGAAGUCUUAUCCUGGAGGACCCAUUACUUUAUGACCUUGCACCUUUGAAUGCCGACAGCUUCUAAGAUGGAGGAGCAACCCAGUCUCCCCAACGUCAGCAUACCCUGCCACAAUGAGCAGAGGGACAAGAAAAAGCGUUACACAGUUUACAAAGUGAUAGUCUCUGUUGGACGACAGGAAUGGUUUGUCUUCCGGCGAUAUGCAGAGUUUGAUAAACUCUACAACACAUUAAGAAAACAGUUUCCCUCUAUGAACUUGAAAAUUCCAGCCAAGAGGAUAUUUGGGGAUAAUUUUGACCCUGAGUUCAUCAAGCAAAGAAGAGGAGGGUUGCAUGAGUUCAUCAAGCGGAUUGUUUCACAUCCUGACCUUUGCAACCAUCCGGAUGUGAGGGCCUUUCUGCUCAUGGACAAAAUGCAAAACCUUUCAGAUGCCUCUGAGGAUGAAGAUGACAAAAACAACUCUACCUCCAGAAACAUUAACCUGGGACCCUCUGGAAAUCCACAUGCCAAGCCCACAGAUUUUGACUUUUUAAAAGUCAUAGGAAAGGGGAGUUUUGGGAAGGUUUUCCUUGCAAAACGAAAACAUGAUGAAAAGUAUUAUGCAGUCAAGGUCUUACAGAAAAAGGUCAUUCUCAACAGAAAAGAGCAAAAACACAUCAUGGCAGAGCGCAAUGUGCUCCUGAAGAAUGUGAAACACCCUUUCCUGGUUGGGCUUCAUUAUUCCUUCCAGACUACAGACAAGUUAUACUUCAUCUUGGAUUUCGUCAAUGGAGGAGAACUUUUCUUCCAUCUUCAAAAAGAGCGGACCUUUCCAGAGCCCAGAGCAAAAUUCUACAUUGCUGAAAUGGCAAGUGCACUGGGAUAUCUGCACUCCCUCAACAUUGUUUACAGAGACUUGAAGCCAGAAAACAUCCUCCUUGACCAAGAAGGGCAUAUCGUUUUGACGGACUUUGGAUUGUGCAAGGAAGGCAUUUCCCAGACAGACACUACCACUACAUUUUGUGGAACACCUGAGUACUUGGCUCCAGAGGUCCUGAGGAAGCAGCCAUAUGAUAAUACUGUAGACUGGUGGUGUCUGGGCUCAGUGUUGUAUGAAAUGCUCUUUGGCCUGCCACCAUUCUACAGUAGGGACACACAUGAGAUGUAUGACAACAUCCUCCACAAGCCCCUGGUGGUGCGUCCUGGUGCAUCCAGCUCUGCCUGGUCUCUGCUCCAGGGCCUGUUGGAGAAAGAUGGCACGUACAGACUGGGGUCGAGGGAUGACUUUAAUGAGAUCAAAGCACACAGCUUCUUCUCCUCCAUCAACUGGGAUGACCUGGAGCAAAAGAAGAUCCCUCCCCCAUUCACACCCAAAGUGAGCUCUUACUGUGAUAUCUCAAACUUCGAUCCUGAGUUCACAGAAGAGAUGGUCCCCAGCUCCAUCUGUUGGUCUCAAGAACAUGCCAUUGUCAAUGCCAGUGUAACGGAGGCUGACGAUGCCUUUGUUGGCUUCUCUUAUGCCCCACCUUCUGAUGACUCUUUCCAUUCCCACUGAGGUCUUCAAAUGCCUUAACCAGUGUAACUUCUUUUGAUUAAAGGGAAGAAAUUUA